UUGACCUUGAGUACCCCACGAGAGUGACAAUCAUCCUUAGCAACUUGCGUAGUGCAUUGGGGAGCAGGAGGCAGUGUUACGCCAGCCGCCAUGGACACCGGACCUGUAAACAACAUUGUCUUUUUGGCCGACUGUUACAAGGUCGGCCACCACCGCCAGUACCCUCCAGGAACGACGACCCUCUACUCCUACUUCGAGUCUCGUGGGGGCAGGUUUCCCUACACCGUUUUCUUCGGUCUACAGUACAUCCUGAAACGCUGGCUCGUGGGACAGGUCGUGACGGAGGAGGUCAUCGAGGAGGCCAAGGAUAUCCUGCAGAAGGGCGUUUUUAAUGAGGAAGGAUGGAGGUACAUCCUCAAGCACCAUGGAGGUCGCUUGCCAGUGAGGAUCAAGGCUGUGCCAGAGGGAACGGUCCUGCCCACGAAGAACGUUCUUCUGACCGUCGAGAACACUGAUCCUAACGUUCCUUGGUUGACUGGAUACCUCGAGACGAUCCUGGUACAAGUUUGGUACCCGAUCGCCGUCGCUACCAACUCGAGAAUUCACAAGCAGGUGAUUCACCACUACCACGAUCUCACGGCGGGGAAUACCAACUUCGUAUCAUAUUGUCUUCACGACUGUGGUUACCGCGGCGUGUCUUCCGUGGAGACGGCGGCGUUGGGCGGCGCGGCGCAUAUGAUCAACUUUAAGUCUUCCGACACGCUGGCCGCCAACGCCCUCCUGAAGAAGUACUACCACGAGGUCCGGCGCGUGGAAGGCGGAGGCGUCUUCUCCGAGCACUCGACGGUGACCAGCUGGGGGCGCGAGAGGGAGGCCGACGCCCACAGGCACGCCAUUGAGACCUUCUUCGGAGAGUUCGUGGGAUGCGUGUGUGAUUCCUACAACAUUUACGAAUGCGUGGAAAAGAUCCUUGGCGAAGAACUGAAGGACCUCAUCCUGCAGCAUGCGAAUAAGGGCGGCAUGCUGGUGGUGCGUCCUGACAGCGGCGAUCCCUGCGAGGUGAUUCUCAAGUGUUUGGAAAUCCUCGGAGGUCGCUUCGGCACCGACACCAACGCCAAAGGCUUCAAGGUCCUCCCGCCUUUCCUCAAGAUCUGCCAAGCUGACGGGGUCAACUUCAAGUCCGUGGACACCAUCCUCGGGAAAAUGAAAGAGCAUGGAUGGUCAGCGGACAACGUCAGCUUCGGUUCCGGCGCCUCCCUACUACAGAGGCUCGAUCGGGACACCCAGAAGUGCGCCUAUAAGUGCAGUCUGGCAGUGAUCAACGGGCAGGAUGUGGAGGUGUUCAAGGAACCCGUCACAGACACUGGGAAGAAGAGCAAGCGCGGUCGCCUCACGCUGCAGAUGGAGGAAGGAGUGUACAGGACCUUCGAAAAAGGCACUGGGGAUCCUGAUCAGGACCUGCUUGUAACAGUCUUUGAGAACGGAGAACUGCUAAAAGACUAUACAUUUGCCGAAAUUUGUCAAAGAGCUGAGAUUUCUCCUGCUGAUCCAGACAUCAUGAAGUUCUUGGCUGAGGACCAAGGGCAACGCUGGUGAGAAGUUGCCAGAGUUACUUCAACAGAAGCCGUGCAACUGAGCAAAACAACAGAAGUGACUUCAUCUUGCCUGAAUAUAACGCCCAGUAUUAAGAGAAUCAUGACGUCAUUUUGGGAUGAUAUAAGACUGAUAA